AUGGGACUGAGACGCUGCGGAAAAUCCUCAAUACAAAAAGUCGUCUUCCACAAGAUGCCGCCAAACGAGACGCUGUUCUUGGAGAGUACGAGUAAGAUCACAAAGGACAACAUCAAUUCAUUUAUCGACUUCCAAGUUUGGGACUUCCCUGGCCAAAUCGACUUCUUUGACCCCACCUUCGACGCGGACUCCAUUUUUGGUGAAAUCGGAGCGCUGAUUUUCAUCAUUGAUGCACAGGACGAUUACUUGGACGCACUACAGAAGCUCCACGUUACGAUCACGAGAGCAUUAGCGGUGAACCCGAAUAUCCACCUCGAGGUUUUUAUCCAUAAGGUCGAUGGUUUGAGCGAUGAUUACAAGAUAGACACCCAACGCGACAUCCAGCAACGCACCUCCGACGAACUCGCCGACGUCGGCCUCGACAAUGUCACCCUAAACUUCCACCUAACCUCAAUCUACGACCACUCAAUCUUCGAAGCCUUCUCAAAAGUCAUCCAAAAACUAAUCCCACAACUCCCAACCCUCGAGAACCUCCUCAACAUUUUGUGCUCAAACUCUGGGAUCGAGAAAGCGUAUUUGUUUGAUGUGUUGAGCAAGAUAUAUAUUGCUACGGAUUCGAGUCCGGUUGAUAUGCAGAGUUAUGAGAUUUGUUCGGAUUUUAUUGAUGUUGUUAUUGACGUGUCGACAAUCUACGGAUACGACCGCCCCACCCCCUCCUUACCACCCACCUCCACCUCCACCACCACCCCCACCGACCCCGACUCCGCCGGCUCAAUCAUCAAACUCUCCAACGGCCUCGUCCUCUACCUUCGCGAAAUAAACCGCUACCUCGCACUCAUAUGUCUCAUGCGAUCCGAGGCACUCGAUAAACAUGGAUUGGUGGAGUGGAAUGUCGGAUGUUUUCAGAAGGCGAUUGAGGAGGUUUUUGAUAUUGAGAAGAGGAGUGGGGUUCCGACGCCCGGGGGGCCGGAGGAGGGGGGGGAGGGGGUUCGGAUUGAGUUGGCCAUUGUAUGA